AUGUAUCAGUUUCAAUUAAACGAGCACCAAACUCACAAUCAAUUGGUUGAACACUAUUGUAUAGAUCCAUUACAAUAUUUGGGUAAUAAUAUAGAUAUACAACGAGUGGAUAACAAUCAAAUACCAUAUCCACAAUCUUAUACGGAUCAAUCGGCUUAUCAGAAUCAAAUAUCAUAUUCACCAUCAUCUUAUACGGGUCAAUCAACUUAUAUAGGUCUGAGACAGAAUAUAUCAUAUCAACCAACUUAUACGGAUCCACAUACUGAUAUAGAUUCAAAAUUAUUCGAUAAUAAUCAAUUACAACAACCUGUACUAAGUUUUCAAUUCGUAAAUUACCCAAGUACAGAGACAUAUCUUUCUAACGAACAACAGGGUCAUACGACGCCACAGUCCGAAUAUAGUGUAUCGAAACCGGAUGCAUGUGGUAUUCCAACAAACACACAACCGAAAAAGGAUAAGGAACCUGAUCUGACUCGAUGCCAACAACAAAAAAAAGCAGAAACCAAAAAAGCAACAAUCAAACGAAAACACACUUCUAAUGCAUGCCACUCGUGUCGUAAAGCACAUAUAGGGUGUAAAAAAGAAAACAAAGAUUCUACUUCUUGCAAUAGGUGUAUUGAAGAGAAUAAGUCAUGUAUUUUUGAUGAAAAACCUGGAAAAAGAGGCCGCAAACCUGGUAUCGGAAAUAAACCUAAGGAAAACAAAACAGAAAACUGUGAUAUCAAUACUGCUGAUAAUACUGCCAAGGUUAUUAAACAAUGUCGUCAUGGAAACAAUAAAGUAGUGACUGAUAAUCUUAAUUUAGAAAGUACUUUUAGUAUUUUGAGUCCAAAAACACAAGCAUCUGCUUUUAAUGAUGGUAAUGGUGAUGACUUGCAAGGAGGUAAUUGUUUGCAACAACUGGCGAGUGGCUAUGCUUUACCAACCUCAACUUAUAAUCAUCAAACCAAUGACCAGCAACGAUCAAAUAUUUAUUUACAUUGGGGGGAUGAGUAUCUUGCGGAACUUAUGCAAACAUUAGGUAUUGUUAUUGAUCCACCUUCAACACCCGUGAGCUAA